UUUCCAUGCUCCCGGUCCCGACUUUGCUGCAAAUGCUAAACGGCCGAGGGCCUCGGGGUGGGGUUGCAUUCGCCGGCCAUCUUUGUUCGGGGCAACCUGUGGCCGGCGCAUGUGGAUCGCCAUCUUUGUUCGGGGCAGUGCGCUCCCGGGGGACGUUCGGAAGGCGAGCAGUGAUACGCGGUGCAAAUUCACAGUGUGGAUAAUAGAGCAGCAUCCACAGACGGCAAGCUCUGAACAAACUGCACAGCGAGAUCUGCCACAGUUACCCUAUUCACAAGGACUUGGAUAUCACUGGCCUCUGACCGUGGAGUGAUAAAGAUCUGGGAAGGAUUUCAGGGAUGGAAAAGGAAGACUUCCGUGUGGGAACAUCUAACGCAACAUCACGCCAGCAACCUGAAAGAGACGUUCAGUGUAUCAGAACCUGAACGUAAUUAAAUUUUCAACAUGACAAAAAAAAAUUUGCAUUCCCUGUGAUGGGAAAGAAGGCAUGUCCUCUGUGUGUAGUCACGACUUCAGUUGAUCAUCUGGUUUAUAAGAACAGGUGGAUUUGCAGUCGGGCAACUGAAACCAAUCAACACGUCAGUACCUCACAGAUAAAAUUAUUGUGACCUGCAAUCGUUGGAUAUUUAACAAUGGAAGAUAAAAGCUCUGUUCACAGAGCGGAGGAAACAUGCACGUGUUGUAUGUGUGGACAGUGUUUCACCAGAUCAUCCAACCUUUCAAGGCACAAGUGCAGUCACGCUGAGGAGAAUAUAUUGAAAUGUGGCCAAGCAGUCCAAUCCCCAUCUGAGCUGGAGACUCUCCAACCCAGUCAGACAGAAGACAAACUGUUCAGCUGCUCAGAGUGUGGCAAGGGGUUUACUCAGUCAUCUGACCUGCUGAAACACCAGCGGGUUCACACCGGGGAGAGACCAUUCAUCUGCUCCAAGUGUGGGAAGGCAUUCACCGAUUCGUCCAAUUUGCUGAAACACCGACGCGUGCAUAGCGACGAGAGACCUUUUAAAUGCCCAGAGUGCAUGAAGUGCUACAAAAGUUCCCGAGAACUGAUGUCCCAUCAGCGUGUUCACACGGACGAGAAACCGUUCAAGUGCUCUCACUGUGGGACUGGCUUCAGGUGGUCCUCUCACCUCAUUGUACACCAGCGCGUACACACUCAGGAGAGGCCAUUUACCUGUCCUGAAUGCGGCAAGGGAUUCACUCAGUCAUCAAACCUACUGACCCAUCAGCAAGUUCAUACUGGAGAGAGACCAUUCACCUGUUCGGAGUGUGGGAAGGGAUUCACUCACUCAACUGCUUUGCUGAGACACCGCCAAGUUCACGAGUAAUGACAGUGAUUGGAUUUUCUGUCAUAUACAAAACUGAAGCAUGUUCACUGGGGCCUGUUUGUUCAUCAGCUCCAGCCCGGUGUUGAUUUUUCGGGGUAAAAGUCAAAUAAGUCAGUGCUCCAUUCCUCCAAAUUAAGGUUUACCCAGUUACCAAAGUACUUAUCUCACGUUCAGUACUGGAUGAACAGAAAUACCCUCCAAUUGAAAUGGAGAUGACCAAAGUCACUGGCUUGAGUCGCCAUGACAAAUUCUGUUCUGUAAAUACUGAGCCUGUGCCUCUCCCCAGGAACCUAUUUUGAAUACGUCUGUUCACAAGCUCAGUGUCAUCGAGUCCUAUAGCAGAGACUGGCCCUUUUGGCUCAAACUGGUCCACGCUGACCAAAAAUGUCCAUCCACACGAACCCCAUUUCCCUGCACUUGGCCCAUAUCCUUCUAAUC